GAUAGAAGUAAAUGCAAGGAAAGAAGGAGAAUAAAAUUGAUUGUACAUAGAAUGGGGUAUUCAGAUAACGGACAUUUAACUUCAGCUUCACGCCUGGCAUCCCUGCUUGGACAUAUGGACCCUGGGAGUCUCUGAUACCCCAUGACCAUAUAUGAAUUAGUCUGUUCUGCAAACAUAGACAUGGGCGGGGCAUAGAGGGGAGGUAUGGAGUGGCGUGAUUUCCUUAUAUUCAUCAAGUUUCCUCUCACUGUUAAGACACUUCUGCUCUCUGAGCUGCAGGCUCUUGAGGUUGGACACACCUGGCCAGUGCCUCAGGUAGGGAGCUACCUCUGUUUGCCAGGACUUUCUUUGAGGGACUAGGGCUUGGUCUGACUAUAUUCUAGGAAAUGCAUCCAUUUCUCUGGGGCACGAGAAAUUCUGUUAAAUGGAAAUUUGACUUCCUUAUCUGUGCAUCAACUCUGACUUCAUAUGUGGCUGUAGUUGGUAACAAGCUGGGCACAGCCUCCUCCCCUGCUCCAUUUAUACCACCCCCUUAUGUGGGGCAGAGGCUUUUGAUUCCCCAAUUUGAUCUUCACUGCUUUGCCCUAAGACUUUAUGUUUGGCGAAGAUGCAAAUACUGUCAGGGAGAGAACAUUUAGAACAUGUAUGGAUCUAAAUGAACUUGUAGAACCUCACACGUGGAAGCAACCUAGAGGUUAUCUACUCUGUCCCUCUCAAUUUCAGUCAAGAAAACCAGACAGGUGAAGGGAUCCACCCAAGGUCACAUAGCUUAUUAAUGAUAGAAUCAGGACUCGAUGCUAGGUAUCCUUAUUUCCAAUCUGGGGAUCUUUCCAAAGCUUUCAGACUGUUCUCUGGAGAGCCACAGGGACCUUUGGGAACCCUUGUUAGAGCAACCUGGGUAGAGAGGGUAGCACACCCUUCCCUGAUAGCAACUGAGCUUUUGUCUAUUUUAAAUAUUGGAUUUCCGAGAGGAUUUACUUUCAACAAAGUGUUUCACAAUUAAAGAAUUAAAGAAUAUUUGAACACUCCUGAACAAUUCUGUGGAUGUUUGGAAGAUGAUUUCAGGGAAACUUCCUCCUCUCAAAUGCUUAGAAUUCCUUAGACAGAUGACCAAAACUUUUAUUGCUCAUUUAGAGACAAGGCUUAAAAUACACUUACAGUACAAUUUGUUGCUAUCACUUCCUCCCCCUAAUAGGUUUUAAGAAGGGUAAAGAAGGCUCGGGAAGGACAUAGCAGGGAAAAUAACAUAGAAAAGGACCUCCAGGAACAGACCAAACCAUGGCUGAUAUCAUAGACAACAUAUGGAAUGUUACUGAUCUAUGGAAGUGGUUUGAUGACAUUUCAAAUUUCACUGGAAUGCCACCUACAGAAGAAGAUGUUGGCCCUUGUAACAUAGAAACUGAGACACUCAACAAGUAUAUUGUGGUCACCAUUUAUGCCCUGGUGUUCCUGCUGAGCCUGCUGGGAAAUUCCUUGGUGAUGCUGGUCAUCUUAUACAACCGGGUCAGCAGCUCUGUCACAGAUGUCUAUCUGCUGAACCUGGCCAUGGCUGACCUGCUUUUUGCCCUGACACUGCCCAUCUGGGCUGCCUCCAAGGAACACGGCUGGAUUUUUGGCACACCCCUAUGCAAGGUGGUCUCACUCUUGAAGGAAGUCAAUUUCUACAGUGGUAUCCUACUGCUGGCCUGUAUCAGUGUGGAUCGCUACCUGGCCAUUGUCCAUGCCACACGCACACUGAUCCAGAAGCGCCAUUUGGUCAAGUUCAUAUGCCUGGGCAUCUGGGGACUGUCUCUGAUUCUGUCCCUGCCCUUUUUCCUUUUCCGCCAGGCCUAUCGUCUACCCUAUUCCAGCCUCAUAGUCUGCUACGAGGACAUUGGUAACAAUACAGCAAAAUGGAGGCUGGUGCUCCGGAUUCUGCCCCAGACCUUUGGCUUUGUCCUGCCACUGUUGGUCAUGGUGUUCUGCUAUGGAUUCACCCUGCGCACAUUAUUGGAGGCCCGCAUGAAGCAGAAGUACCGGGCAAUGAGGGUCAUCUUUGUUGUUGUGUUCGUCUUCUUGCUUUGUUGGCUGCCCUACAACCUGGUUCUGGUCACAGACACCCUCAUGAGGACUGGGUUGAUCGAGGAGACCUGUGAGCGUCGAAAUGACAUUGGCCGGGCCCUGGAUGCCACUGAGAUUCUGGGCUUCUUCCACAGCUGCCUCAACCCCGUCAUCUAUGCCUUUAUUGGCCAGAAUUUUCGCAAUGGAUUCCUCAAAAUUCUGGCCACCCAUGGCCUGGUCAGCAAGGACUUCUUGGCACGCCAUCACAUUACCUCUUAUACUUCUUCCUCUACCAAUGUCUCUGCAAACUUCUGAAACCAUCAAUGAAAGAAUAUUUCAUCUUCAUGAAGAAAUGAUAACCGUCACCCCAAAGGGUGGGUAGUCUGGCUGAGGAGAGAUACUAUCUGGGUUUGGCAGGGAGGCUAUAGAAUAUGUGGAAGUUAGGGAUUGGUGUCUUCAGGGCCAAGCCCACUUUCUGAAAAAGUACUGAGAUACUUCUAAGGAAGGACCAUGACACUUGCAUGAAAAGGAAGUGUCAUCAUUUCUGCUGAACUCUUGCAUCUUUGACUUGCUUACUUCGUAAUUAUCAUGGCCACAUCUGAAACCUGAAUCUGCCAUUAGAUCAAAGAACUGGAACUGAAGCUGUUUUCUUAUGUGGGCUGGAUUGUCUUGUUAACUCUGCCCAAAACAUCACCUCAACCACUGAGCAUAUACCAACUUUCCCACUAGGCUGUUUGGCAACUCUUUGUCCUCUGAUUACAGCUCAUAGAAAUGCUUUCUCAUCUUGAAUGUGUUGUAGUGUCUGUUGGGGACAUUGAGGCAGGUGCCACCUAAACAUCCAACCACGAGGUGGCCUUGUGAUGUAGUUUUUUUUUUUAAUUUUUAUUGUGAUUUAAGUGAAAGUUUACAAAUCAAGUCAGUCUCUCACACAAAAACUUUUAUGCACCUUGCUACAUACUCCCAAUUGCUCUCUCCCUAAUGAGACAGCCCGCUCCCUCCCCCCACUCUCUCUUUUCGUGUCCAUUUCUCCAGCUUCUAAUCCCCUCUACCCUCUCAUCUCUCCUCCAGGCAGGAGAUGCCAACAUAGUCUCAAGUGUCCACCUGAUCCAAGAGGCUCACUCCUCUCCAGCGUCCCUCUCCAACCCAUUGUCCAGUCUAACCCACUGUCCAGUCCAAUCCUGUCUGAAGAGUUGGCUUAGGGAAUGGUUCCUGUCCUGGGCCAACAGAAGGUCUGGAGGCCAUGACCACUGGGGUCCUUCUAGUCUCAGGCAGACCAUUAAGUCUGGUCUUUUUACAAGAAUUUGGAGUCUGCAUCCCACUGCUCUCCUGCUCCCUCAGGGAUUCUCUGUUGUGUUCCCUGUCAGGGCAGUAAUCGGUUGAGGGCGGGAACCAUCUAGUUCUUCUGGUUUCAGGCUGUUGUAGUCUCUGGUUUAUGUGGCCCUUUCUGUCUCUUGGGCUCAUAAUUACCUUGUGUCCUUGGUGUUCUUCAUUCUCCUUUGCUCCAGGUGAGUUGAGACCAAUUGAGGCAUCUUAGAUGGCCGCUUGCUAGCAUUUAACACCCCAGAUGCCUCCCUCCAAGGUGGGAUGCAGAAUGUUUUCUUCAUAGAUUUUAUUAUGCCAAUUGACUUAGAUGUCCCCUGAAACCGUGGUCCCUAACCCCCUGCCCCUGCUACGCUGGCCUUCGAAGCAUUCAGUUUAUUGUGGAAACUUCUUUGCUUUUGUUUUGUGAUGCAGUUUUGAAAACAUUUUUCUCUUGGGAGUGGUGGGUGGACAAAGGGAGGAGGGAUUGUGAAGCCAGACCUCUUGCACGAGGAUCUCUUUUGCCCCAUGACCAACAUCAUUCACAGAUUGUGUUGGGUGCCAUUUGUGCAUGAGGCCAUGUUGAGCCUUAUACAGAAGAAGAUGAACAGCUUUUAACCCCUGCCCUCUUUGAUAUGGACCAUCAGCAACUUCACAAACCCAUACACAGUCAUCAAUCAGCUGGACACUCAGAUUUUUCUAAUAAAUUUAUGUUCCAUAUUGGCCCCUCUGGAAGAAUCUUUGUUGUGACAUAGAGUAAGGUUUUGUGCGUGGUGUUCUUGGCUGUUCCUGCAGUAGAAUGGGAGCAGCACCCAAAGAAGAGUCAUCUGUCUGGGUUGAUGGGCAGCGUUCCCUGGGGCUUUAACUACUGCUAGAAUAGUCUCUUGGGGCACAGAAACUCCUUUUCCAGGCUACUUCAAAUUACAUUAGCACCCUGAUCCUCCAAAUAUUCCCAUAACACCUUACACUUUUCCCUUUGCAACACUCAGCACACUUUAUUUCAGUUACUUCUUUGUCCGUUUUCCCUGUUUGAAGGCAAACCAAAGCCAGUUGCCACCCAGUUGAUUCCAACUCAUGGUGACCCCAUGAGUCGGAGUAGAACUGUGCUCUGUAGGGUGUCCAAUGGCUGAUUUUUCUAAAGUAGAUGGCCAGGCUUUUCUUCUGUUCCUUGAAGGCAGGAGCUCUACAUCCUUGGUGCCUGACACAUUGCCUGAAGCCUAUUAAAUAAUCAGGAAAUAUUUAUCGAGGCCCCUGUUAUUGAAUGAACCAAUGAAUAUUAAAAAUGCUCAAAUCAUUUACACACCAUCAGCCCCAAAUCCUCUUAUCUGUGUUUCUCCCACUCCCCCCACCCCCUUUGUCUUUGGAAACAUUUCACUCAUCAAGUUUUCCUUUGUGGUUUAUCUUUAUCAGAUUUUUAUCAGCACUGACGAAGUCAAGAAUCUUUUGAUUGCAAAUGACAGAAAUGGAACCGUAGCAGUUGUAGCAAAUCUGAGAAUGUGUUGGUUUACAUGGGAUGAGAAAGUAUGAGAGAUAGCUUGAGGUUGGGAAUAGGGUGAGGCACAGAGAUGGGAUUUAGAUCAAGGGUGAGAUUGGGAUCAGGGAUUGGGUGGAGUCAGAGUUGAGAUGAGGGACAAGGGAUGGGGUGGCAACUUGGCAUAAGGUGGGGGGUAGGGGAGAGGUGAGAGAAGGAUGGAUGUUAGGAAUAGAGAGAGCUUAAGAAAUGGGGAGAGGCUUGGAGGUGGAGGAUUGAGAUUCACGGAUGCAAUGAGGGGUCAGAGGUAGGGAGGUUCAAGAUGGGGCUGGGACAAGUUAUGGAGUGAAGCUUAGGAAUGGGAUGAGUGUGGGGGUGUGGUGAGUUUCAGGGAUGGGGUGUCAGAAAUGGAGUGAAUGUCAGGGAUGGCUUAGUGGCUACAAUGAUAGAGCAAAAGGCCAUCUCUUGUAGGGUCACUAUCCUCUCUGGAGCAUCAUCUAAGGUGCUCUUCUAGGUCCAGGAAGGAGGCUCCUUGCCCUAUCCAACCUACCCUCAAGGUAGGCUGACGAGGAAGAAGUGAAGGCAUCAAGCACUAAGAGAUAGAUUUGAUCUAGGAGAAUGGACAAGAAGAAUGCAAACAGAAUCCAGGCACGAGGAAGGAGGGGUGAGAACUGGGCAUGGGAACCUCCAUUUUGUCUCCUCUCCUCCCCCAGCUCCUCUCCACCUGCCCCGUUUACCUUACCAUCCAUCUUCCUUCAUGCUAUACGCCCCAAAGACAACUAACUCCAUCAGGAACUUCAGGAGGUAAAUAAGGGUCCAUACUGGGUCUGGAGGAAAUACCAAAACCAAACCAAACCUAUAGCCAUCAAGUCGAUUCAGACUCAUGGUAGAACUGAUCCAUAGGGUUUUCAUGGCUAUAAUCUUUAUGGAAGGAUUAUGGGUGGUACAACCAAGAAAACUCUAUGGAGCAGUUUUAUUCUGUAACACAUGGGGUUGCCAUUAGGUAGGGGCCUACUGGACAGCAGGUAACAAAAACAACCAUCUUUAUGGAAGCAUAUUGACAGGUCUGUUUUCCAAGGCCCUGCUGAAUGGGUUUGAACCAUGAACCUUUAGGUUAGUGCUGUGUGUCGUUAGGUGCUAUUGAGUUGGUUCCAAUUCAUAGCUACCCUAUGUACAAAAGAAUGAAAUGCUGCCUAGUCCUGUGCCAUCCUCACAAUGGCUGUUAUGUUUGAGUCCAUUGUUGCAGCUCGGUCUAAAUCCACCUCAUUGAGGGUCAUCCUCUUUUUCUCUGACCCUCUACUCCAGAGACUGGCCCCUUCUGAUAACAUGUCCAAAGUAUGUGAGAUGAAGUCUUGCUAUCCUUGGUUCUAAGGAGCAUUCUGGCUCUACUUCUUCCAAGACAGAUUUGUUCAUUCUUUUGGCAGUCCAUGGUAUAUUCACUAUUCUUUGCCAACACCGUAAUUCAAAGGUAUCAAUUCUUUUUCUGUCUCUCUUAUUCACUGUCCAGCUUUUGCAUGCGUGUGGGGUGAUUGAAAAUACCACGGCUUGGGUCAGGCACAUCUUAAUAUUCAAAGUGAUGUCUUUGCUUUCAAAUACUUUAAAGAGGUCUUUUGCAGUAGAUUUGCCCAAUGCAAUAUGUUGUUUGAUUCCUUGGCUGCUACUUCCAUGGGUGUUGAUUGUGGAUCCAAGUAAAAUGAAAUCCUUGACAACUUCAAUAUUUUCUCCAUUUAUCACGAUGUUGCUUAUUGGUCUAGUUGUGAGGCUUUUUGUUUUCUUUGUCCAUACUGAAG